CUCGGCCGGCGAGGCGGGGCCGGCGCCCCGGGUAUAAAAGGGCGGGGCUGAGCGCUGGACGGUCUCACUCAGCCAGCGGCAGCGGACCUAGCAGCCUCGCGUCUCCCAGCCCCGAGAGGAGCCUCCGCCGCACAGCAGAUUCUCCAAGAUGGAAGAAGAAAUUGCAGCGCUUGUCAUCGACAAUGGCUCUGGUAUGUGCAAAGCUGGCUUCGCAGGCGACGACGCGCCUCGGGCUGUGUUCCCCUCCAUUGUUGGACGCCCCAGACACCAGGGUGUCAUGGUUGGCAUGGGGCAAAAGGACAGCUACGUAGGUGAUGAGGCCCAGAGCAAGAGAGGUAUCCUGACUCUGAAGUACCCCAUUGAACACGGCAUUGUCACCAACUGGGAUGACAUGGAGAAAAUUUGGCAUCACACUUUCUACAACGAGCUUCGUGUGGCACCUGAGGAACACCCUGUUCUGCUGACAGAAGCUCCCCUGAAUCCCAAGGCCAACAGAGAGAAGAUGACACAGAUCAUGUUCGAGACCUUCAACACACCAGCCAUGUAUGUUGCUAUCCAGGCAGUGUUGUCCCUGUACGCCUCUGGUCGUACCACUGGUAUUGUUAUGGACUCUGGUGAUGGUGUUACCCAUACUGUGCCCAUCUAUGAAGGUUACGCUCUGCCCCACGCUAUCCUGCGUCUGGACUUAGCCGGCCGAGACCUGACAGACUACCUCAUGAAGAUUCUGACAGAAAGAGGCUACAGCUUCACCACAACAGCUGAAAGGGAAAUUGUCCGUGACAUAAAGGAAAAGCUGUGCUAUGUUGCACUGGAUUUCGAACAGGAGAUGGCCACUGCUGCUUCAUCUUCCUCCCUGGAGAAAAGCUACGAACUUCCUGAUGGUCAGGUGAUCACCAUUGGCAAUGAGAGGUUUAGGUGUCCGGAGGCCCUCUUCCAGCCAUCCUUCCUUGGUAUGGAAUCCUGUGGCAUUCAUGAGACCACUUUCAACUCUAUCAUGAAGUGUGAUGUAGAUAUUCGAAAGGACCUGUAUGCCAACACAGUAUUGUCUGGGGGUACCACAAUGUACCCUGGAAUUGCUGACAGAAUGCAAAAGGAAAUCACUGCUCUGGCACCCAGUACAAUGAAAAUUAAGAUUAUUGCUCCACCUGAACGUAAAUACUCGGUUUGGAUUGGUGGCUCCAUCUUGGCUUCUCUCUCUACCUUCCAGCAGAUGUGGAUCAGCAAGCAGGAAUAUGACGAGUCUGGCCCAUCCAUUGUCCACCGUAAAUGCUUCUAAAUGGACUGCUAGCAGAUGCACAGCAUUUGCUGCAUGAAUUUUCAAUAGUAUACAUUUGCCUGGGCAAAUUUAUACACUUCAUGCUAGCCUCAUAAAACUGGAAUUAAGCCUUCUUUCAAAAGAAACUUGCCCUUGGAAAGUCUGUAUCUGAGACAAAGAUCAGUGGUGGAUUGAGCUGUCACUGAUUUGACCCUGUAUUCAAGUUAACUGUUCCCUUGGUGUACAUUUUAGCAUAUACCCUGUACAUAUCUGACCUAAACCUUGGUACAGGUGCCAUCGCUCUUGUGACCUAAAUGCUAGGUUAACUUGUCUUUGUGGAAGAGAAUGGCCUGUGACACUGUAGUUCUGGUAGCUGGCUAGUAUUGACUAGUGACACCUUGUUUAAACUCUGCAGGGCUUGAGACUGAUUUGUACAGGGUAUCAGAGGUCAGACUUCCACUACACAAAGCGCUGAGUAUUCCAGAUUUUGGUAUAGAGGCUGGUAGGAGUUCAUCAGAGAACUUACUUCUGUUGCUGCCGUUCUAGCAAGGCUGGAAACAUUACAUUCAAGCCUUAUGAACCAGUUUUCAUUUUCUUACCCCUCCUGUAUUCCAGCAGAACAUCCUUGGGGCUAAAGUUACUCAACUUGAGUUGCUGAAACUUUGCAUUUACACCUGUAAAUUUUACACCAAGUUUAAUUUAUGUAAGAUUUUUGUAUGUUGCCUUAAUGUUCUCACAUGACAGUAGAAAACCAAAAUUUGUAAGUCAUCCUGAAGUUGAGAAAUUGUAAUGCCCAACACAUCAUUGUGUAAGGAAAAAUAAAAGCGCUGCAGUAAACUA